AUGGCCGCAGGUCUCAAAACCAUCAUCCUGCUCUCCUUCGUGCUAGCCCUGGGCUUUCUCCUCAUCAUCCUCUCCUGCGCACUCUGGUCCAACUGGCUUCCACUUCUCGUCGCACUCAUCUAUGUCUUGACACCGCUACCCAACAGCAUGUGCGCACGAUGCGCCGGAGCGGACGACUUUUCAGCAGACUACAACAGCGGUUUUCUCGACUUUGGUAACUUCAUGACCGGCGUUAUGAUCGUUUCUGGCUUCGCGCUGCCACUCUCACUGGCACAUGCUGGUGUCAUCGCACCAACGGCUUGCUGGAUGUCGAUCGCUGGUGGAGGUCUUGUUUACGGUACGAUCAUGACUUACUCUGGUUUCUUUAACGAGUCGGAGGACUACUAG